AUGGGUGAUAAUAAAAAAGAUUUAAAUACUGUAUCAGAAAUUUCACCUUCAGAUUUUGAGGAAGUCAUUAAAGAUGAAAAGGUUCAAAGGAGUUUUAUUGAUAUCAUUUUGGAUAGAGUUCUCAACGAAGGUAAAUUCUGUGCCAUGUAUUCCGAUUUAUGCAAAAAAAUUAUCGAAUAUGAAAAACAAAACAAAGAUCAAAUUAGAAAAGUUGUCAUUGAAAAGUAUAACCAAAUUGAAAUGGAAAACUACAACCGUCUUAAUGCCAAAGAAAAAGAUGAAUUUGACACUAAACACAACAUCAAGGCCACCUUUAGAACUUUCCUUUUAUCCGCAUGUCAAAAAGAAUUAGAACAAAUUAAAUUUGUAAAUUUUAAUAAAGUACCAAAAGAUUUAAAACCAGAAGAUAAAACUGAUUUUGAAGAACAACAAUUUAAAGAAAGAAAACGUAUUUUUGGUUUAUUUAAAUUUUUGGGUGAACUUUUCAAACAAUCAAUAUUAUCAGAGAAAAUCGUUCAUACCAUUUUGAUCUCCUUAAUCUGUGAUCCAUCUGAAAUUAAAUUAGAAUGUUUCUGUAUACUUUUAUCAAUAGUUGGUAAACAUCUUUCACAAAACGAAGAGUCCUAUUCAUAUUCCCAAACAAUGCAACAGUUGGAAGAAUUACCACUCGAAACUCUUUCUCAGCGUAUUCGUUUCAUAAUUCAAAAUGUUAUCGAUCUCAAGAAUAAUAAUUGGUUUUCAAAAACUGAUGACUCUGCCAAAACUACAGUCAAUAGCAAUGAUAAAGAAUUUGUUGAAUGUAUAUUCAAUAGUUCAAAUUCACCAUUACCAUCAUCACCAUCACCAUCACCCAUUUUGUUAUCAUCGCCUUCACACGUAAAUACUCCAGACAGAUGCACAAAUCAAUCCAUAGUUUGUAUUCCAAGAGAACAAUUAGAUCAACUUGUCAAUGAAAAUAAAAAUUUAACUCAGCAAUUAGAAAAAUUAAACAAAAAAUCCGUUUCAAUAACAACACUUCAACAAAUGAAAGAGGAAUUUAAUAUUAAGAUUGAAUCCAUUAAUAACAAUAUUGCUUUUCUUAACAAUGAAAAUCAAAAUAAAACUUCUACUACUGACCUCUUAUUUAACAGAGUUAUCAUUCUUCAGAACGAAAGCACAGAUAUCAAAGAUAGAAUCAAGAAAUUGAAUCAAAACAACAAAGAUUUACCAGAAUUAACCUCGUCUCUAGGUGAUCGUUUAUCUACUUUAGAAGAAAAAUUUGCAAAACUCGAGAGAAAGGCCGAAAAAAUGGAAAAUGAUAAAAAGGAAUACACAAAAAUAAUUUAUGAUAAAUUAAAAAGCCAAAAUAAAGAAGACACCUAUGGUAUUGCAAUAUCCCGUGCUUGUAUUGCGAUAGAAUAUUAUCUCGAAAAUAUUUUAUUGGUUAAUAUAAAUAAAUACAAAGAGGUUUAUAAAUGGGGUAAAUUCAAAUAUACAUUUGACAAAAACGACGACGCCAAAAAAGUUGCAAUGAAGGACAGAAUUAAUGUUGAGCAACUUAGAGAACUUAAAAAUCACUGUAAGGAAAACCAACACUGUAGUGAUGAUAUGAAUGAAAUUUUAUCAACCCUCGAAAAAUAUAAAAAUGUUUUGCCAUUAAAUUAUCAACAUCAAAUUAAUUUAAUUAUACCCUUGAUUAGAGAAGACAUGAAGAAAAAUUAA